AUGCCUCCUCCACCUCCACCUCCACCUCCUCCCCCGAUGUUAGGAGGGCCGCCUCCUCCACCUCCUCCUCCGCCUCCCGGGAACUUACCAUCGCGGCCGCCCGCCGGUGGCACGAACAGAAAUGCUCUCCUAUCCGACAUCACCAAAGGCAAAGCCCUUAGGAAGGCCGUAACAAACGAUCGUUCCGCACCACAAGUAGGGAAGGUCUCCGGCGGUGGCGGUGGAGGCCCUCCUAUCGGCGGCGCACCUCCGAUUCCCGGGAUGGCCCCCAAGCCACCUGGUGGUCUCGCCCCGCCCGUGCCUGCGUUGCGAGCUAGAAGCAACAGCGACCAGGGAGAUCGACCAGCGGCACACAAGCCUAGUGGUAGUUUAGACGGUGCUCCGCAACUAGCCGGGCUCUUUGCUGGAGGGAUGCCCAAGCUUCGAAAGCGCGGUGGCGGCGUAGACACAGGUGCGGAUUCCAACGCUUCGUUCCUCUCCGACUCCGAGACAGUGCCUUCAGCACCCAAGCCCCCGACUUUCUCUGCGCCGAAGCCUCCAACAGGAAGCGCCCCAGCAAUACCAACCCGUCCCCUCGCGGAAACCCUCCACUCCCGCGUCACAUGCACCCCCUCUUCCGGGAGCUCCAGCGCCUCCGCCGCCGGUGUCAUCGGCACCUCCACUACCUCCCUCAGCGCCGCCGAGACCCCCUCAACCUCCAUCUCGCUCACCCGCAACGCCUCCGCCACCACCUCCGCCCGCGGCGCCGCCCUCUUCAUCCCCCGCAGCGCCCCCUCCUCCUCCUCCACCCCCGCCCGCGGCGUCCGCAGUGUCCAGCCUAGCAAUGCAGGCAGCAAUCAGAGCAGCAGGUCAAGCCUCCUCACCCUCAUCAGCACCUCCCCCACCACCACCUUCGUCCGCACCAUCUCUUCCUUCCGCGCCGCCCCCGCCGCCGUCUUCUCGCUCCACGGCCCCAACGGCACCAAGAGCCCUAGCCCUACAAAGGGCCUCAUGUCCCCUUCCUCGGGCGGCGGUCGUAUCUUCAUCGACGACUCGCGCUGGAAGUUCAAGGAUGAGAAUGACCUUCCGCCGCCGAGGUCUUUUGUGGGCGGGCCGAGGAAGUAUCGUGCCGGGAGGGGGAGCAGUGUGCCGCUUGAUCUGAGCGCGUUGUAG